UAUAGGAAAAUUCCUACAAUGGUGAAGUUUGUUAAUGAGAAUGUAUUACUGGAAAUUUGUUGGGGAAAUGCUGAGAUAAAGGCAAGAAAUGUUAUUCAAAUGUAUGGUCUAGAAAUAAGAAAUAUAGUGUACAUACCGGAAAAGCAAAAAAGGUUAAAUGGAAGAACCAGUCUGACAUGUGACUGGUCCAAAACCUGGGGAGUGCUGCACAUGGUCAGAUUUGCCCCUGUCUGCUUCUAUCCAUAGAAAAACCUGCGGCUCAUAUAAAAUCCAGGAUUUCUUGAUAUCAAGUAGUAGCAACCUGGCCAUAUCUACAAAGGAGUUAAGAGAGCACUCUGGACAGUCAUCACAUGGCUCAGCCUCCAGGUAAUCUGAUGGACGCAGUCAGAAGGCCAGUCUCGGCAGCUUCAUCUCUUCAUCAAUCAGCGGCAAAUCACCUCCAGCCACUGGUCACCUUGGCUCAGAGGAAUGGAGUUGGCAGGAGAUCCCUCCUAACUCUGCUGGCAUCCGCUGCGGCCAUACCCGAGGCUAGUGAAUCAAGAAAGGCCCUAUUGCAAGAUUAUGUGAAGAGAUCAAAGGAAAACAAAGAAAAGAACGACAAGGAGAGGCUGGAUGACUUCUACAAGAGGAAUUACAAAGAUUAUUUUGGUUUCAUGGAAAACUCGGUUAGAGAGAAGAAAGAGGAGGAGCUCACGGAGUCGGAGAAAGGAAUUCUCGCAUGGCUCGACAAGAACAAGUAGGCUUUUGGAUCACGAGAGGGGCUCGGCAACCAAAUAGCUGAAACAGCUUUUGUAGUUCGUUCCGCUAUUAAGUUCUCAAGGAGUUAUUGAGCUUAGCAGGUAGUCCUCAGUUGCCUCUGAAGCUGGUUAAGCUCAUUUUGUUUCAUCAUUUUUAUCUCAAUCUGUGCAGUAGCACAACUCUUUGCUUGAUCUGAUAGUAUGAUUCAGCUUUGCAAAA